UGAUCCAAGGUUUGGUCAGUAUGUAGCAGGAAACUCUACAGGAGGAAAAGCUGCAAGACAGAAUGAAGCCUAAAUCUCUUCUGGAGACGUGGGAUGAAGAUCAGAACGAGAACAGAUAUCACCGAUAUGUUUUCUCAAGGAAAUAUGAGACUUUAGAGGAGAACGAGAGCCAGGACAAAGCCGAGGAGGAGAAGAAAGCAAAAAAGAAAACAAAGUACAAGAAAUAUAAAAAGAAUGUAAGGAAAGCUCUGCGCUACAGCUGGAAGUGUCUGUUGUUGGGACUUCAGAACUUCACUGUGGGAUAUUGCACACCCAACGUUCCUACUGCGUUCGUCCCUGAGUUCAGACUAAGCUCAGACAAGACGAGAGCAAAUCAUUUAUGAGAAGUCAGCCGGCCCAAGGAGACGAUUCGGUGUCCUGGGUGGCAUUGAGACUCUCGUUUUUAGGAUCUAUUUGGAAAAAUUGGAGCAAAAUAACACUGGUUCGGUUUUUAAAAACCUAGAACAUCCAGAUAAUAAUAAAGGCACAGGAAGAAUUGCAUAAAGUUUUAAUAUCUCGGGAGAUGUAACUUUUAAUAGUGAUUCCUUUUCAGUUGUGUUUUAUUUAGGUAUCAAUUUGUCGUGAAUUAUAUUUCUAUAAUUGCUUAGUUGAAAUAUAAUAAGCAUUAAAUAAAUGUUUUUUUCUGAGAUUAAAGUAAGCUCUUGCUUGACAUUGGCAGGAUUUAAACACACAUGUUUUUAAUUAUAAACCACUUUAUCAUUGUACCACCUAGCAAAUUGUUUCUAGACAAUUCUGUCUAUUUGUUUCUGGUUCGUUCAGCAGCUCUGCCUGAAUUGUUUUAGUUACACAUUGUUCAGCAGAUCAUAACAGGAUGUUCUUGCAAAGACCAGAAACGCCAAGUGUUAUAAAGUUCAGAGACCUUUUUCAUUACUGCCAUAAAUUGGUGGUUUGCUCAUUCCCUAUUUUUUAGUACUUUGUGUGAUCAUUGUCACCCAUUAAAGAAAUAUUUAAUACUCGAUUAAUUAAAGUUUUUUGAGCCAAAGAAAAAAUGGAGAAAGUGUUUAUUAUCUGAAAGGAUGCAGGCUACAUAUUGACACGUGCUCUGUAUUGUACUUGAUAACAGUCUGUAUAUCUGUGCAUUUUUUUUACAUUUAAAAUAAAAUUAAAUACUAUAAAAUAAUCUUAUAAUAAAUACUGUGUAAUAAUAAUAAUAAUAAUAAUAAUAAUAAUAAUAAUAAUGCUGUGACGUAAUCUUUAAUCUUUACGUCCAUUCAAAAACCAUUGUUCUGGAUCGGAAGAACGCUGGUUUAGUGUUGACAUUUCAUAGCUCCAGGGUUCCUGGUUUGAUCCUGAGAGAACUUCACUGUCUGUGUGGAGUUCCUGUACGUUUUCUUCCUGUGUCUGCAUGAGAUUUCCGGUUUCCUUCCGAUCUCCGAAAACAGUAUGGAGAUUGUAUGAUGGGUCGAUUGUUAGGUCUAAAUUUCCCCCAUAUCAGAAUAAUUGUGUGUGUGUGUGUGUGUGUGUGUGUGUGUGUAUUUGUGUGUGUUUGUGUGUUUGUGUGUGUGUGUGUGUGUAUUUGUGUGUUUGUGUGUGUAUGUGUGUGUGUGUGUGUGUGUGUGUGUGUGUGUGUGUGUUUGGUUCCCUGAAUACAUCUUUAUUGACAUGGCAAAUGUGCCUUAAAAUAAAUUAAAAUUUAUUUCAUUUAAACCUCUAAAACAAUAAAGUCUUAUUAAAUAUUGUAGGAGUUUAAGCCAGUGCAUUAUGGGGGAUUUAAAUAGUGUGUUGUUUAUUAUAUUUUUUUAUUAUGGAUGGAAAAUAUAUAUAUAUAUUUUUCUGUGUUGAAUGAAUGGGGGAAAAUGAAUGAAUUAAAUAAUUGUAAUAAUU